AUGGCGCACCUCAACCCCGACGGCGGGGCCCCGCCCGAAGCCGUGUUCAUGGACGAGCGGCUCGCCAAGAUCCGCACGCAAAUCCACUCCAAGCUCGACAACCAGAAGCACCUCGCGCUCAUCCUUGCCGCCGUGGAGGAGAACAUGGACGAACACAAAACCACGCGCACGCUCGUGGCCUACGUGGUGUCGUUCCUCGCGUUGCUCGACCAGGCCGUGGCCGGCGAUCGCAUUGCCGACGCCGGCGUGGCCACGGCCGCCGCGUACUUCUUGGACGUGGCGUUGCCCUGCGCCCCACCGCCGCUCUUGCGGCAGAAGUUUGCCGCCCUCUUGACCAAGCUUGCGCCCGUGUUGACCAGCGGCGGCGCGGACGCGGCGCUCGUGCGUGCGGCGCUCGGCGCGCUCGAGACGCUCUUGCUCGCGCAGGACGCCCAGCUGUGGCAGGCCGCCGGCCACGUGUCGCCGCGCCGGGCGUUGGCGGGCAUGUUGGACUUGGCCUUCGACGCGCGGCCCAAGGUGCGCAAGCGUGCGCAGGACGCCGUGCACACGGUGUUGCUGCGGCCACCUGCGUCGCCGGCGCCGGGCCAUGCCGCGGCCGGCUUGUGUGCGGACGUGGCGGCGACGCGCUUGGCCGCGCUCGUGGCGGCGCCGCCCGCACGCAAGGGCGGCGCCAAGGACACCAACGCGGCGGCCAUCCACGCGUUGCAGUUGGUGGCGGCCAUCACGUCCGCCAACGCGUGGCCCGCGGCGCACGCGGACCGCCUCUGCGACCUCCUCCUCGCGGCGGCGCGCACGCUGGACCAGUACAUGGUGGCCGCGGCGUUCGCGGCGUUCGACGGCUUGUUCUCGGCCAUGGUGCACGCCGUGGACGCGCCGCGCGCCGCGCGCGUGUUGGACGUGCUCCUCGACUUGCGCCCGCCCGUGGCGGACGCGCACUUGGCCGCGGCGUGGCUCGCGGCCGUGGCCAGCGGUUUCCAGGCGUACGCGCGCGUGGCGCCCGCGGCGGCAUUGCGCCGCCUCGAGGCCUUGGUGCCGCUCGUGGCGGCCUUCCUUGCCGCGGAGGCCAAGGACAUCUACAUCUCCGCGGCGCAGUGCUUGGUGGCCGUGGUCAGCGCAGGCGUGCCGGCCGAGGGCGGCCUGGCCGAUGUGUCUGGCGGGCAUGCCUCUGACGCCGCGGACCUGGCCGCCGUGGACGCCGCGGCCGGGUUCCUCGCGCGCUUCAUCGAGCACGACUUGCUCGCCAUCAAGUACCAGCACGCCACGCGCGAGGUCUUGGAGGUGGCCACCGCGGCCGUGGCGCGGCUCGGCGCCCGCGCCAACCCGGGCUUCUUGGGCGUGCUCGCCACCGUGGGCCUGUGGCGCUCCAACGAGCUGGACGGCUUCCCGCACAACAAGGAGGCCGAGGACUUGAUCGCCGCGUGCGUGGCGGCCAUGGGCCCCGAGGUGGUCUUGGCCACGCUCCCGCUCAACCUCACGGGCGGCGCGGCGGGGCCCGGCCGCGCCUGGAUGUUGCCGCUCUUGCGCGACCACGUGCGCGGCGCCAGCUUGGCCUACUACCAGCUCAACAUCCUCCCGCUCGCGGACGUGUUCGCCGCCAAGGCGCACGCGGCCGGCGCGAAGGACUCCGUGCACGGCAAGAUCUUCCAGACCAUCGAGGACCAGGUGUGGGCGUUGCUCCCGCCGUUCUGCAACUUGCCGCACGACCUCCCGGCGGCCUUCUCCGACGACUUCGCUGCGCGCGUGGCCGACCUCCUCUACUCGCGCGUGGACUUGCGCGUGGUGCUCUGCAACGCGUUGCGCGUGUUGGCCGAGUCCAACGUGGCCCACGCCGCCAACACGGCCCCGCUCGCGCAGCUGCGCCUUUCGCCGGCCGCGGCCGCGCACAACGUGGCCGUGUUGGCCGCCAAGGCCUCCAACAUCUUGGCCGUCUUGUUCAACGUCUUCUCGUCCACCAUGCCCGACACCCGCAGCUUCGUGGUCGAGACCAUCAACGUGUACUUGCAGAUCAUCCCGCAAGACGACUUGCAGCUCACCUUCGACAAGGUCUGUGGCUUGUUGAAGAAGGCCUUGGACGACGAGGCCCACGACUCCGCGCCGCCCAAGAAGGACGCGCCGCCGCGCCUCAGCGUCACCAUGAUGGACCUCGUCGUGACCAUGGCCAAGUACGUGCCCGCCACGUCGUACAACGCGCUCUUCGCCAUCUUCGCCAGCACCGUGGCCAUGGAGCUGAACGCGCCCAUGCAGAAGCGCGCGUUCCGCGUCAUCUCCCGCUUGAGCGAGGCCGACGCCGGCGUGCCCGCCAUCGCGCUGUUCGUCGCUGACAUUCAGCGCGUGUUUGUCGACACCACCCACUCCACGCACACGUCGGCCCGCGCCGCCCGCUUGGCCGCCAUGCUGUGUGUCGUCAGCGCCUUGCCCGCCACUGACUUGCACUUCAUCCCGGCCGUGCUCCAGGAGGUCAUCAUGUCCACGAAGGACGUCAACGAGCGCUCCCGUGAGGCCGCCUACGGCCUCCUCAUCCAGAUGGGCCGCAAGAUGCAGCAGGGCGGCUCCAUCGACAACAGCAAGGUGCCGGGCUUCGCCCCGGACGCCGCGCCGUCUGACGCCAGCUUGACCAGCUUCUUCACCAUGGUCAGCGCCGGCUUGGCCGCACAGUCGCCCCACAUGAUCUCCGCCACCAUCACCGCCGUCUCGUGCAUCGUCUAUGAGUUCAAGGACGACUUGCCUCAGGACGUGCUCCUCGAGCUCGCGUCCACCGUGGAGUUGUUCUUGACCCACAACUCCCGCGAGAUCGCCAAGUCCGCCAUCGGCUUCGUCAAGGUCGAGGUCUUGUCGCUCCCCGACGACUUCAUCCGCCUGAACUUGCCGGAGAUGUUGGGCAAGUUGAUGAGAUGGUCGCACGAGCACAAGAACCACUUCAAGUCCAAGGUCAAGCACAUCAUCGAGAGGCUUAUCCGCAAGUUCGGCAUUGAUGCCGUGGAGCUGGCAAUCCCCGAGGAGGACCGUAAGUUGGUGGCUAACAUCAAGAAGUCCAAGGCCCGGGCCAAGAAGCGCGACGCCGCGGAGGACAUUACCGAGGGCAAGACCGCCAAACAGUUCAUGUCCGCCUACGAAGAGGCCGUGUACGACUCGGACUCAGAGUCGGACGACGAGCCAGAAAACGCCCCCACCAAGGGCUCCAGAAACAAGGCCAGCGACAAGUUCAUCUUGGACACGGGCGACGAGCCCUUGAACUUGUUGGACCGCCAGACCCUUGCACACAUCUCGUCCUCGAAGCCGAAGAAGUUUACCAAGAAGGACGUCAAGAAGCACGACGUCGAGAUGAAGAACGGUAAGAUCGUGUUCAAGGAGAUGGUCAAGGCCAACGACGACCCCUUGAACCUGGGCUCGGGCAUCGAUGCCUACUUGGAUGCGGUGAAACAGGCCCCAGUGAGAGGCCAGAAGAACAAGUUGAAGUUCAAGAAAUCCAAGGACGAGGAGGAAUGGUCUGACUCGGAAGAUGACAAGCCGGCGCCUCGCCAGGCCCAGAAGGGCAAGUAUUCCCAAAAGUCGGGCGUGUCGAAGCCCAAACAGAAGUUCAAGGCAAGAAAGAAGCUUUAG